AUGGGAAUACCGGCCAGGUUCUUGCGGCUACUGGAAGGCAACAACUUCUUCGAGGUUUGUGGACAAUGGGCUGGUCCUGUAUGCAAGCGUCUGCCUUUGUCGAAUCGCUGUGGCCCUGUGCCUCGCUCGGCUCUUGGAGGACUGACACAUCAUAGCAGUGCCGAAGCGACUGAAUCCUGUGGACGUGGACUCGAAGACCCAAUCUUUUGA